UAAAUGCUUCCUUCUAAAGUCUGCACCACCCUCUUUGUCUUGAUCCAAAUCCAAACACCUUUAAAUUAUUCCUCCCCCACAAACAUCCACAUCUCCAUCACAUUAUGUCACACAUCUCUUCAUGCCCCACCACUCUUUCAUGUCACACAUUUCUUCUCCCCAGAUCCUUUUCACCUCAUCAAAGUCUAAGCAUCCUCUCCACCCUUCUCUCCCUGGUCUGUCUUCUGAGUAGGAGAAGCUCCGAGCUCUCCCUCCUCCUGUUCUCUUGCACUCACUACUCAUUUCUAUAUUUCCUCCACUUUCAUAGCUAGCCUUCCAUCUUCUUCUCUCUUCCUCAUCACCUUCUUAUUCUUCUUCAUCCUUAUUCACAUAAAGAUUUGUAUUUUACUCACAAAAAUCUAUUUUUAAUUUAGUUUUCCAUCCCAUCACCUUUAUUUUGGUGUAAUUUUCUACCAAAUACCUUAUUUUUUGGUCUUCCCCGCAUGGCGGGGCUCGAUCUCGGCACUGCCUCCCGCUUCGUCCACCCUCUUCACCUCCACCUUCCUCACACGAAGCCGGACUCCGACGACUCCCCUAUCGCCACUGACGAGGCCGCCAACCAUGGGCUGGAGCUGUCCGCCCCAGCCGGACCGGGGGACGUCAUCGGCCGCAGGCCCCGGGGCCGCCCCCCGGGCUCCAAGAACAAGCCGAAGCCGCCGGUGAUCAUAACCCGAGAGAGCGCCAACGCCCUGCGCGCGCACAUACUGGAGGUCGGCAGCGGCUGCGACGUCUUCGAGUGCCUCUCCACGUACGCCCGCCGCCGGCAGCGCGGGGUCUGCGUGCUCAGCGGCAGCGGGACCGUCGCCAACGUGAGCCUCCGCCAGCCCGCCGGCUCGCCCGUUGCCACCCUGCAGGGCCGCUUCGAGAUCCUGUCCCUCUCGGGCUCUUUCCUCCCGCCGCCAGCACCGCCGGGGGCGACCAGCCUCGCGGUCUUCCUGGCCGGCGGCCAGGGGCAGGUGGUCGGGGGGAGCGUCGUCGGGGCGCUAAUCGCGGCGGGGUCCGUGACGGUGAUCGCGGCGUCGUUCACCAACGUCGCCUAUGAGAGACUGCCGUUGGACGAGGAGGAGGAGGAGGCGGCCGCCGCGACGCAGCAGCUCCAGAUGCACCCGCCGGCGUCACAGAGCCCCAGCGGCGGCGGAGGUGGGACAAGUGGUGCCCUCGGGCCUUCCUUCACGGACCCGUCGUCGGGGCUGCCGUUCUUCAAUUUGCCGCUCAACAUGCCGCAGCUGCCGGUGGACGGGCACGGCGGGUGGCACGGGAGUGCCGCCGCUACAGCCCGACCGCCAUACUGAUCGGGAAGACAAACCGUGGCAGAAGAAAGAAAAGGUUUGUGAGAAGUUAUUGAAUUGAUGCAAGUAAACAUUUUUCUUAUAGCAAAGAAAAGUAACUUUCAAUCUCACUAUUUUGCUCUUUUAUUUGGUUGGGGGGGAUGCAAUAUGAUUCCACCAUCUGGAUCUAGGCAUCUACUUGAAGUUGAAUGUGGGUUGUAGAGUAGAUUUAAGGUUCCAAAUCUUUUGUUGUUGGAGUAAUGAAGGUGCAUAGGAACAACAAGAGAUGGAGGGUGUAGAGAGAGAAAGAGAGGAGGAGGUCUCUUAAACCUAUAUAACACAGUCUUCCUGUCGUAGCUCCUUUUGGCCGGUUUCAAGUUCCCUUUUUGGAGAUAAAAUGAUAAUGAUACAGCACUGUAGUAGAUAUCUUGGAAAUUGUCUUCUCUUCUGUGGCAGGUACUGUCUUCACUAUUUCUUUUUGCUUGUUCUUGUUUUGUUUGUUUCAGCAAUAAUAAGCAUAAUUCUACUGCAAGACAAACUGAUCAUUUUCACUAAGUUUGCUACGUCUGGCCAUUUUUUGCUUAUGAUUGUUGCUUCAGAGUGAUGCAACUUAAUUGUUCAUUGGCUUUGUGAUGUUUAUUCUAAAAAUUGUUAUACUUAAUUGUAAACAACAUUAAAUGACAGGUCUAUAUUAAUCUAAAUAAUUAUUUAGUAAAGAAAUAAUGAAUGAAGAAUGCUUACUGCAUGACUUCAGCACAUCUUGUUGAAGGUCUAAACAAGCUUAUUGCAAAUGCCAAAGAAAAGGCUUAUCUCUUUCACUCUUCUUGAUUGUAAAUGUAGCAAUGCAUUGUAACUCUGAGCAUAAUAAAUUGGCUCUAUGUUGUGCUAACCUCUCACAGUUUCUUCUCCUUUGGUUUUCUUCCUCUCUCUUUUCUCCAUCACUGUGGGUUUUGUUUGUUCUUCCAUUGGAACAAGAAAGAAUGGAGCCUAUGUGAUUAGCAUCGACCUAAUCACAAAUGAUAAACCUGUCUUGUGUUAUUUUAUAAUUAUAGGACCUUGAAUAUGUUUAUGUUUCUUUGUUCAUUCAUUUGGUAAUAUUUGGCUUCAAUGUAUGAGUUUGAUGUAUGAUCUAAUACUACAAUAGGUUCUCAAACUGGACAAUUGUAUUCUCAAGAACUUUGUUCUUGAACAUGUUUUUUAUUGGUUUAAUAUGAGUCAUGACCCAAAUAA